AUGAGGGAUCAUCAGUUAUCUCAGGUGGUACCACUUGACCUUCCAAGCAUUCAAGGAGUCACUUUUGUGCAAACUACCGACGAUGAUAAUAAUAAUAAAGAAUGCAUAACAAUAACUGGCGAUUUGAAGCUUGACCCAGAAUUCUACGAAGAAGCAGAAGAUGGAGAGAUGAUACAACAAGAAAAAGACGAAUGGGACGAGUAG